AUGGAUAAUGCAGAUGCUAAAGGAUCUCGACGUCUCAACCCUUUUAAUUGUAAUACAAACGAACAGCAGAGUCUCAUAUCUGCUCUAUAUGAUGCCCCAACCCUCACAAAUUUCAGAGUGAAAGGUUUUUUAGAAUAUCUAUCUAGCGAUUAUUUCAGCAUACCCUUCGCACGCAUCAACGAGAAUUCAUCAGUGGAGGAGUUGAAGGAUGCAAUUCUCAAAUGCAAACAUAUGUUCUUGGCUUUAUCUAACGAGUCGUCGGGAAGAAAAGAUCGCAUAUUAGAUCGGUUGAUUCAAUUAAGGAGGAUUUUACAGGAUGUUAAGGAGUUCUCAGGUGUGUCGACGAAACCAAGUUCCUGUUAUUUCGGAUCUUCACCUCGUUUUUCAGAGCUAUAUUUAUUAUCACGUAGCUUAUCUCAGGUGUCUCUGCCAUGUUUGCCUUACCGAAUUAUGGGUCCUGAGGGUUCACGUCCAUCUAUGCACCAUACUCCUUUCCCUGGUGGUCACGAUUUCCAAAGUGUUUCUGCGAUGCGUCAUCUGGGUGGAACGUGCGAAUAUUGUAGGCACUCAAUUCGUGGUCUGGUUGGCAAAAUAUUACGUUGUCAGGCAUGUGGUGUUAUGUGUCAUUUUGAUGGAUGUCUUAAUAGCCUAACACGUCGGUGUCCAGGUGCAUUACUUUUUCCUGGUACUAGUACUAAACACUAUAUGGGAUUUCGGCGUUUGCGAACGGAAAGUGAAAGCGGCACUCAUAAUAAUCCAAAGUUUCAUCUUACUGGAGUUCCUUUAUUUGAUACUAGACGUCGUAUUUCAUUUAAACAUUUGGAAGUUUCCAACUUAUCUUUUCUUUCGGCAGAUCUAACUUUACAAUCAUGGACUUGUGCAGAAUGUAUGAGAUCCAUUGAUUUUACACGAUCAUAUACAGUUUUAUCAGGACGUUUGAAUACACGUAAUCUGGGUAAAACGAUCAAUGAGGUCAUUGAAACGGGUAUUGGUGUACUUAUUGGAAAAGCUUUUCAAGAUAUAUUACCAAAACACAACUCUAUAGAUCACGUGACGUCUUACCUAAGUUCUCAACAGUUGUCUUUGCCUACCUAUUUAUUGAAACCUAUUUCUACAGGACCAUCUGUAGUAGGAUCCAAUCAAUCAACUGAUAACCUAAAAAAAUAUGCUGCUUUUGCUUCUCAUAGCGCUUCUGAACCAAUCCAAACAUGGUAUGACGCGUUUGUUAUGGAGGCAUUUGGAGAAGUCAGUCGUCGGAUUUCAUCAUCCUUAUUUAUCAAAACUCAAAACGGACGCUUAACGAUAGAUAAACAAGCAAGAUAUUUUUAUUGUUCUAGGUGUCAUUGGGGAGAUACUCACCAAAUUCCAGCUUGGAUGUUUGUUUUGGGUGAUUAUGAACCUAAACCGGUAUGUCGAACUGCGUAUUUGUGGCUAAAUUAUGCUUGGUCACGCCAUUUAUUCCGCGUUCCUGUAUCGUGGUAUUAUCAUGAACCGUUGGCCAGACAAGUAUGUUCUAUUCGUACUAGGAUUUUCAGACUACAACCAUACUUCAAUAUAUGUUCAGGUGCAAAACUCUGCAGUUUAGAUUUUGAAAAAUAUGGUCUUGAGUGGUUUCUUGAGCAACCGUAUACAUUCACCAUGGAUUUAAUAAGUCAAGUAUUGAAUGGGAAACUGAUUGUACAAUUGACAAAUUUCUUAUCUAAAGUAAACGAACACAUUGAGCAAUGUCAGGUAUGUGAAACUCACAUUCCGAGUUAUUGUGUAGUUUGCAAUGAGGGGCCUACACGCCCAUAUCAUAUGAAAAUGGCGUUUUGUAAUCGAUGUAAUAAAUCGUGUCAUCGAUCUUGUUUGUCCGUGCCAUUACCCAUUUGUCUGAAAGAUACCCCAUUCUAUGUGGAGAUCAUUAGAACGUACGGAUUAUCCGAAUUAGGUUUUGACUGGAAUGAAGCUGAGGAUGAGUGGAUUGAAGUACUUUAUCCUUCCUUAUGUGUGCUAUGCAAACAAUGUGGUUUGCACUGA